GGCCUUUGAGAAAGAAGAAGAAAGAGCCAAUUUGUCUUUGGAAUGGAUUGAGAGAAUGACAAAAGAAAAAGGAUUUCGCGUUAGAUUCCAGGAAUGGCUUGACAAAGUUCUGCAAGAAUUUGUAAAUAAAGAUCUGAAAUCUAUGUCUUACUUUGACGACUUGGAUCAUUCUCCAAAAAAAGGAAAUAAGUCUUCGCACCUUGUUGACUGUAAAAUCAGACUCAAUGAUGAAAUCAAUGUUAAGAUUGUUAAAGUCAUUAGUGCAAAGAUAGGCAAAGACGGUGUUUUUUUAGAGGUGGAAGAAAAAGUAGGAGAUGAAUUAAAAUACUACGAUAUCAUGUAUCAGCAAGAUAUGGUUAGAUUAUAA